UGUUCAAUAGUAUCACUGAACUCAUUUCUGGCACUAAGUAUCCCACUGCCAACAUGUUUUUUCCUGAGAUUUGUAAGAUCAAAUUGGCAAUAUCUAAUUGGAUUGGCUCCUCCAAUAAAUCAAUUGCAGAAAUGGCUAAAAAGAUGUUGCAAAAAUUUGAUAAAUAUUGGAGUGUCACCCAUGAUAUAAUGGGAGUUGCUACUGUUUUGGAUCCAAGAUACAAAAUGGAGUUACUUGAAUACUAUUAUGAAAAAUUGUAUGGACAAGACUCUCUUGAGCAAGUUAGCAGGAUCCAACAAUUGUGUUAUGACUUAAUUGCUGAUUAUCAAUUGAAGUUCAAUCAAGACAUUUGUGCUGACUCGGCCAUGUUGGAAGCUAGUUGUGCAGCUGAUGAUGGUUUAGAUGAUUAUGAUGCAUUUGUUCGGAAGAAAAAAAGAGCUAAAACUUCUUUAGUAAGAACAGAGUUGGAUCAUUACUUGGAUGAGGAAGUUUUACCACGAAGUCCCGGUUUUGAUAUUCUAUUGUGGUGGAAGUUGAAUGGCAUCAAGUAUCCAACACUCCAAGCAAUUGCAAAAGAUAUUUUAGCAAUUCCUAUUUCUACUGUAGCUUCUGAAUCCGCAUUCAGUACUAGCGGCCAAAUCUUAAGCCCGCAUCGCAGUCGACUUCAUUGGACAACUUUAGAGGCUUUGAUGUGUGCUAGAAGCUGGUUAUGGAGUGCCGAAAACAGUGGUAAUAUGAGUUCUAAAUUAAGCAAUGAGUAUGCUACUUUACUCGAUGAAAUAGAGCCCGAUGAUGAAGGUGAAAUAUUGACUAGUGGUGUUGCAUCCUUCUUUGAAGAUGGUGACUAG